AGUGACUGGCCACACUGUCAAAACAACAACAACAAGAUUUCACGCAUUUUUCAUAAACAAAUUACAAAUUUCACUCAAAACUAGCAAAAAACACAUUUAAAAUGAAUGCGCCACCCACAUUCGAGUCGUUUCUGCUGUACGAGGGCGAGAAAAAAAUCAUCAAAGAGCUGGACACAAAAGUUACAAAUGCCGCGAUUUUCACCAUCAACAAGGAGGAUCACACUCUGGGCAACAUGAUCCGCAACCAGCUGCUGAAGGAUCCGAAUGUCUUGUUUGCCGGCUACAAGGUGCCGCAUCCGCUGGAGCACAAGUUCGUCAUACGCAUCCAGACCACGGCCGAAUAUUCGCCGCAAGAAGCCUUCAUGAAUGCCAUUACCGAUCUGCUGGCCGAGCUCUCGCUUUUUGAGGAGCGUUUUAAAGAUGCCAUCAAGGAGAAGAAGGAGGGCGGCGAUUAGUUGUAGCCUGUUUGGAAUGUACCUUUUAGCAAUAAACAAUAAAAAAAAGACCAAUC